AUGAAGUUGCCAUUCCACAGUGUGCAGGUCUGUGGCGACGUCCUGUUCGCCGCAAGAGGCGGCAACCUGCACUCAUUCAGGCUCACAGACGGCUCUCACAUCUCGAGCUGGAGAUACCCGUUGGAGAGGAAGGACGGCAAGCACGGUGUUCCCAGACCGGAGGACCGUCUGGUCAUCAGUGUCUCCGAAGAAUCGACGCCGAAUCCUUCGCAAGAUGGUCAAGAUGGCCCGCCUGCGAAGCGUGUGAAGCUCGAUGCCGCCGCCACUGCCCCUGGAGAGAACGGGAAGCGGAUGAAUGUAUCGUCAACGGGUGAUGGUCAGCCCAGUGGCACCAAGGAUGAGCAAGAAGACCAGAGCAAGGACACGGCGAAUGGAAAGAAGGGCAAGAACAACAACCCUCGCCCUGGACCAAGGUCACAGCCGUCAGAGCGACCCAUGGUCAUCAUCUUUACUGCUACAGCCGACGGAAAGCACGUCGUUGCGGUCACUCAAUGCAAGUCUAUCUGGGUGUUCGAGCACGAUGGGGCCGGGAACCUCAAGCAGCUCAGCCUGAUCACACCGGACAGCCAGACCAUCUUGUCAGCAGACAAGUUCGGCGACGUCUACUCCGUGCCCUUGAUCCCAUCUCAAGACCCACCCACUGCCAGCCAGCGGCCAAAGGAUGCCUCCCCAGCAGCCUCAGCCUCUCCCAGCCCAGCACCGCCAGAGACCAAGGUGCCUUUCAAAUCACAGGCCAACGAGCUGACAGUCCACACGAAGCGCAACCGCCAGGCCCUCCUGGAUCAGCUGAUCUCGGCCAAGAGCCCUAAGGGCGGCCCUCAGAAGGCCGAGGUGCCCCCCUUCGAGCGCACGCUCCUGCUGGGCCACGUCUCCCUGCUGACGGCCGUGACGCUGGGCCACGACGCCAAGGGCAGGCCGUACAUCAUCACGACGGACCGCGACGAGCACAUCCGCGUCAGUAGGGGCACCACGGAGCAGGCGCACGUCACCGAGGCGUUCUGCAUGGGCCACGACGAGUUCGUCAACCGCCUGUGCAUCCCCGAGACCGAGGGACUCGGGGACCUGCUGGUCAGCGGCGGCGGAGACCGGGACCUGUAUGUCUGGAGGUGGCUCGAGGGCAAGCUGCUGGCUAGAGCGCCGCUGUUGAGCGUCGUCAGGGGCGUGCUGCCUGAGGCGAGCAAGGUCGCCGUGACGGGGCUGUGCUCAUGGAGGGGAAGAUCAGCGGAGGGGGCAGAGAAUGGCGCGACCAUUCUGGUUGUUUGUGAGCGCGUUCCUGCGAUAUUCAUGUUCUCCCUAGGAGCUACCGGCGCCCUCGAUUACCUACGCACGAUCAGUAUUCCUGGCAUGCCGCUUGAAGUUCAAGUUGUAGACGAGGCAAGGCUUGUAGUAGCGGUUGAGCCUGUUAGGACAGGAGGAGGAGAGUACGAUUUGAGCAAGUCUCUUCUGAAGGUGGAACACGUGGGGGACCAGUACCAAGUCACGGAUGGCCUAGUCGGCAACGCCCCGGACCUAGGCGAGCACGAGACAGACCUUGCGGAAGAUGAGUUGCAGACGCUGCUGUUCAGUGCGGAGAACCUGCGCAAGACGGACUUCGAGGAGGGAGUAGGAGAAGUAGAGUAG